AUGCGCCCGGAAUCCUUCCGCACUUAUCCCGGACUGGUGGCUCCGGCCGAUCCCAAGGUCCCCUCGAGCAGCCGGAACCAGGCGGAGCUGCUGCGCUGCUUCUCCGUCCUGGCGGUGCCGUUCCCCGCGCGGCUCCUGGCCUGGCUGCUGCCGCGCCUGCACGGCGGCUCCGAGCGGCUCCGCCAGGGGGCGCUGCGCCUGCUGCGCCACCUGCUCAACAGCGCCCCUUCCCAGAUGGAAAUGCAGAAAGUUUCCAUCCUCUCUGCCCUGAAAGUCCCUCUGCAGGACGAGAGCAACAAGGUGAAGCUGGCUCUGGUGCAGCUGAUCUCGGCCCUGGCCCACCACGGUUUCCUGGAGCAGCCGGGGGCGGAGGCGCUGCUGGAAUUCCUGGUGCAGCAGUGCGCCCUGCCCGCCGACGGGCCCCCCGGAAUUCCGGAGGAAAAUCCCGAGGAUCCGACGAGCGCCGACGUCCGGAGCGCCGGCGUCAGCACCCUGCUCCUGCUCAGCAGCACCGUGCCCCGCCUCGGCCACGUGCUGUGGCGGUUCCUGCUGCCGCUGCUGCUGCGGCCGCUCCUGGCGCCGGCGCUGGCGCCGCUCUGCCGCAGCCUGACCCGCCUGGCCCGGCACGGCCCCCGGGAGCACGAAAAUCUGCCUUCCCCGCAAGCCCUGACCGUGAGGCUCCUGGCGGUCUCGUGGCGGCCGUGGGCGGGCGGCGGCCGCGGGGCGCCGGCGCUGCUGCUGCUCCGGGAGCUGCGCCUCGUCCCGCCGGAGCUGCGGGAAUCCUGGAAUUCCGAAAUUCCCAAACUCCUGCGGCUCCUGCAAGAGAACACCGAGGAGUCCCUGGACCAGCAGGAGUGGGAGGAGAAGCUGCUCCAGGACCCGUUGCUGCGGCUGACUCUGGCCCGGAGCGUCUCCAUGGUCGGCCGAGCCCUGGCCCGGCACGGCCCCGGGAGCGACGCCGGGAAAUUCGGGAACGACGCCGGGAAGUUCGGGAACGAGCCCGGGAAAUUCGGGAACGAGCCCGGGAAAUUCGGGAACAACGCCGGGAAAUUCGGGAACGAGCACGGGAAAUUCGGGAACGAUGCCGGGAAAUUCGGGAACGAUGCCGGGAAAUUUCCCGGGAACGGCCCCGGCACCAUCGCCCACAAGGCCGAGCUGGUGGCGCUGAUGGUGGAAUUCCUGCGGGCGGAAUCUCCGGAGGCGCCGCGGCUGCGGGAGCACGCGCUGAGCGCCUGCGCCAGCCUGGUGUAUCCCGGAAUUCCGGGAAUUCGGGAAUUCGGGAAUUCGGGAAUGCCUGGAAACCUGGGAAUGACGGGAAUGGCGGGAAUGGCGGGAUUGGGAUUUGGGGUUGGAUCACUGGGAAUUCCGGAAUCGGGAUUUGGGGUUGGAUCAUUGGGAAUUCCUGGGUUGGAUCCUUGGGAAUUCCUCAUUAAUUCCCAUUAA